UGGAGGAUUGGAGGCGAUGAGGCUGGGAAAAGUUCGGCGGUUGCCGAGGUAUUUGGGGGAAGAGGUUAAGGAGAAGGAGAAGGAGCAGAGUAAUGGCGGUCAGCAGAGUCAGCAGUAUCAGAGUCAUGGGGGUUUUGGAGAGAGGCGAGGGUUCGAGGGGAAGGCUUGCUCGAAGGCGGAGCAGGAGAGGAGGAAGGGGAUCCCGUGGACCGAGGAAGAGCACAGGCUGUUCCUCCUUGGCCUCGACAAGUUUGGGAAGGGUGAUUGGCGUAGCAUAUCAAGAAACUUUGUGGUAUCAAGGACUCCAACUCAGGUAGCAAGUCAUGCCCAAAAGUAUUUUAUCCGCUUAAAUUCCAUGAACAAGGAUCGCAGGAGAUCAAGCAUCCAUGACAUUACAAUGGUCAAUGGUGGUGAUGUAGCCUCUCCUCAGGGGCCAAUUACUGGUCAGUCCAAUGGAAAUCCUCCAGCUCUAGCUGCAUCAUCUUCUAUGAAACACCCUUCUCAGCAUCCCCAACACCCUCCAGCUAUGCCUGGGGUUGGAAUGUAUGGACCGCCUAUGGGUCAUCCUGUUACUGGUCAUAUGGUCUCUGCUGUCGGUACUCCAGUUAUGCUUCCUCCUCAUGGACAUCCACCUUAUGUUAUGCCCGUUGCUUAUCCAGUUCCACCAUCAUCAAUGCAUCAAUAGCUCCUCAUUGGAAACAUCUGCUGCCCAUCACCUUUGCGUUUGAUAAUGAGAAAUAACCCAGGUUUGAUGUUCUGAUUGUUGGGUGGGUUCCAUGCUACGCAUAUAUGUGUAUCUUCUAAUGUAUAGACAGUUGCACGUUGAUUUCAUGUUUUGUUCUCGAGAGAUAAGAUGCUUAAUUGCAUGUAUGUACAGCAAUUGCUCUUUGGGUACUUGUCUAUUUUGGUGCCAAUGUGAUGUAUAAUAAAAUAUAUAGAGAUCGAACUCUUUUUAUUAUGUGCCUUUCUUGGAACUUUGGAUGAUAAGACUAUUCCCGCUAAUUUGCUUCUUUUUCCGGAAGCUUUUUCUUCA